GUGCUAGCGCUAGUACCACUUUACUGGCAGCUCUUCUCCCAAGCGGGCGGGUGGGGUCCCGGCAUCGAGUCUCCAAAAAAAUUUGUGCAGAAAAGUCGGCGUCAAGAAAAAAAAAAGUUUAGCAUUGCAAUCCAUCCACGCGACAAAAGAAGAGAAUGGCCACAGACACCUUGUCGUCCAACACAUCGUCAUCACACACAUUGUCUGUUGGUUCGGCUAUGGCUUCUACGCCAAUUACUGCUUCUGGCAGCAUUGCCGCUCUGCUUGCGACCCUCGACAAAGCCAACCGCCAUGCCUUUCUUCAACCUUCAGCGAGCCUCCCGACCGAAUCCUUAAAUAUCGCCAAAGAAACACUGGAAGCAUUUGCUGGAAAAGUGAGCGAUCAGCAGUUAGAGAGACUCAAAGAAAGCAGAAAACGCAAACGUGGCGGCGACGGCUCGAAGCAGGAUGUUCUCAAGCUUCGCAAGGUCUACAUUGAUGGAUUCCAGACAAAUCAGGUCUGGAAGCAGGCUGAACGCAUCAUCAACAGUGUUCUAGAGUACUCAGAAGAUCUCCUGAUGGAAAUGGAAGCAAACGAUGAGAUCGUGACCGAGAACGAGCCAUUAGAAUUCGACGCCAACGGCUUCGAAGUCGGUUCGGACGACGACGACGACGAAGAAGACGAGGAGGGAGAUAUCGAGGCACAAUUAGAAGAUGAGGAUGGUGAGGAUCUUGAUAUGGAAGGAGAUCUCGAUGAGGAGGAAUUUGGCGACGCCCCCGAAGAUGAUGGCGAGGAGGGUGAAGAAGAAGAAGACGACGACGACGACGAUAUCUCACAAGCAUCCUAUGAGGAGGACCCAGACGGUUUGAACGAUGGGUUCUUCUCGUUGGCAGACUUCAACAAACAAUCCCAAUGGUUUGAAGAGCAAGACGCCAAAGGCAACCCGUACACAGACCAGGGCAGUGAUGACGAGCAGAUCGAUUGGGAUGCGGAUCCUAAUGCCCCCGCCAAGCCUGGCAAGGCAAAGAAGCCUUCAAAAGAUAUGGACGACGAAGAAGGAGAAAACGACGACGAUGAAGAAUCUGACGAGGAUGACGGACCUACAUUUGGCGACAUGGCUCUUGACGCCCCCGAAGGUGAGAGCGAGGAUGAAGACUUUGACAUCAACCCCGAGGACGAAGAGGAAAACAACGCCAACGGUGUCUUCUACAAGGACUUCUUCGCUCCCCCAGCGCGCAAAAAGGGCGACCGCAAGCCGAGAAAGGACCGACCAGCGAAGUUGGAGAAGCCGACGGCCGAAGAUCUCGAACGAGCCAUGGCCGACGUAAAACGCGACCUGUUUGACGACGAAUCCGAGGUCGAGAACUCUGACGACGCACUCUCCGAAACAUCAGCAGGCGACCCCAAGUCUCGCCGAUCCGCCCACGAACGCCGCCAGGCCAAGCUCGCCGACGAGAUCCGCAAGCUCGAAGCCGCCUCGGUAGCCAAGCGCGAGUGGACUCUGUCCGGUGAAGCAACUGCCGUGGAGCGCCCAACCAACUCUCUGCUCGAGCAAGACCUCGACUUCGAGUAUGUGGGCAAGCCCGUCCCCGUCAUCACGCCCGAGGUCAGCGAGAGCAUCGAGGACCUGAUCAAGCGCCGCAUCCUCGCGCAGGAGUUUGACGAGGUGCUCCGCCGCCGCCCCGAAGCCGAAGCAUCCAACAACACACGCCGCGGCCUCGUCGAGGUCGACGACACCAAGUCAAGCAAGGGCCUUGGCGAACUCUACGAGGAAGACCACGUCAAGAACAGCAACCCCGACACAUAUGUCAGCCAGUCCGACGAGAAGCUGGCCAAGGAGGAGCGCGAGAUCGAGAACAUGUGGAAGGAUCUCUCGUCGCGCCUCGACGCCCUCAGCAGCUGGCACUACAAGCCUAAGCCCGUGGCCGCGACGCUCUCUGUCGUGGCGGACGUGGCGACAAUCACCAUGGAAGACGCACAGCCAGCCACGGCACAGGCUAUUGCGGGCGAGUCGUCGCGCAUGGCGCCCCAGGAAGUCUACAAGGCGGGCUCCAAGACCGCUGCAGCCGGUGAAGUCGUGGCUAAGGGUGGUCUGCCGGUUGCGAGACAGGAGAUGUCGCGCGAGGACAAGUCGCGCCAGCGCCGUAGACACAAGGAGCGCGUGCGCAAGGCGGGAGCUGUCACGGCGGGUGGUUCGCGCGCUGGACUUAGCAAGAAGGCCCAGACGAUUGCGGACCUCAAGAAGGGCGGUGUCAAGGUUAUCAACCGCAGAGGCGAGAUAACGGAUGUCGAUGGCAACAAGGUCAAGGCGGCCAAGGCUGCUUCGAGCAGUAACUUUAAGCUGUAAAUCACGGGCGCUGCUACGUAUUGUAAUGUAUAUAGUUUUUGGUUUGUUGGGGAUUACUUGGGCUUGGGACCGCUGCCUUUGUUUUGCUGUUUAUGUAGCAUGGCAUAUAUACAAAUUUCACAUUCACCAUGCUUGAUAGUAUAUCCUCUAGUGACAUGUGCGGAAGUUAACGAUGUAAGAGUUACCAUGUCAAUUGGCA